AUGGCGGCUGCCGGUACAGAUCUCCAAGAGAGGAUCGCCGCCGCGAGGCGAGAGGCUGACGGGCUCAAGGAAAAGAUCCGCGCCAAGAAGGACCAAAUGGCUGACACCAGUCUCCGUGCCAUGGCAAACGACAUCGAACCCUUGCCGCGGAUCGUCAUGAAGCCAAGGAGAACCCUCAAGGGCCACCUCGCCAAGAUCUACGCCAUGCACUGGGCCACCGACAAGCGCCAUCUAGUCUCGGCCUCUCAAGACGGCAAGCUCAUCGUGUGGGAUGCCUACACCACCAACAAGGUCCACGCCAUCCCGCUGCGGUCGUCGUGGGUCAUGACGUGCGCCUAUGCACCUUCGGGCAACUGGGUCGCCUGCGGUGGCCUCGACAACAUCUGCAGCAUCUACUCUCUCCGCGGCAAGGACCCGGGCAACGUCAAGGUCGGCCGCGAGCUGUCGGCCCACACAGGCUACCUCAGCUGCUGCCGCUUCCUCAACGACCAUCAGAUCCUCACCAGCUCCGGCGACAUGUCGUGCAUCCUCUGGGACAUUGACUCGGGCACCCGCAUCACCGAGUUCAACGACCACACCGGCGACGUCAUGAGCAUCUCUCUCAGUCCCAACCCCAAUGUGUUCGUGUCGGGCGCCUGCGACGCCCUCGCCAAAGUGUGGGACAUCCGCUCCGGCAAGGCGGUCCAGACCUUUGCAGGACACGAGAGCGACAUCAACGCCGUUCAGUUCUUCCCCAACGGCGACGCCUUUGCCACAGGCUCCGACGACGCAUCCUGCCGCCUGUUCGACCUGCGCGCCGACAGGGAGCUCAACAGCUACACCCACGACAACAUCCUCUGCGGUAUCACCUCGGUCGGCUUUUCGGUCUCGGGCCGCAUCCUGUUUGCCGGCUACGACGACUACACGUGCAACGCAUGGGACACGCUCAAGGGCGAGCGCGUCGGCGUGCUUGCUGCCCACGAGAACCGCGUGUCUUGCCUUGGCGUCAGCACCGACGGCAUGGCACUCUGCACCGGCUCCUGGGACGCGCGACUGCUGGUCUGGGCUUGA